UGCGGGCCGAGUAAAGCAAUUGCACUUGUAAAGUUAGAAGCCUCUUAUUCGGCCCGUUUUUCUUCUCUGCACUAGAUUACUACCCAAUCGUGAAGAACAAAAGCUAGAUUUGGGGAGAAAUGGCUUCAUCUGCGACGAUUCCGAUCUCGGUUCCUCAGUCAACCGCCGGUGGCCAGGCUCAGACUACGAUCGCCACACCAGCCUUUCGUGCUUUCGUUUCCCGCCUUUCCACCUCGAUCAGGCAAGGCUUGUCUCAGCGACGGCCGUGGUGGGAGCUUCUAGAUCGGUCCUCCUUUUCUCGGCCGGAUACUAUCGCCGAGGCCGCCUCUCGCGUUCGGAAGAAUUUCUCCUACUUCCGCGUAAACUACGUCACCUUACUCGCUACUGUCCUCGCUUUCUCACUCCUCUCGCACCCGCUGUCUCUCGUCGUUCUCGUCGCGCUCCUCGGCGCCUGGUUCUUCCUCUACCUCUUCAGGCCGUCGGAUCAAGCACUCGUAAUUUAUGGCCGCACCUUCUCGGACCGUGAAACGCUUGGGAUAUUAGUGGUGUCCACCGUCGUGGUUGUCUUCCUCACCAGCGUUGGAUCGGUACUCAUUUCAGCUCUCCUUGUGGGAUUGGCGCUCGUGUGUGUCCAUGGAGCUUUUAGGAUGCCGGAAGACUUGUUCCUUGAUGACCAGGAGCCAGCCAACGCAGGAUUCCUCUCCUUCCUUGGUGGUGCAGCCUCCUCAGCAGCAGCAGCUGCUGCUCCGGCCGUUGUAUCCCGCGUGUAGCCGGAUAACAUCUAAUUAGAUCUCAAUCAAGAGGGGAAAUGCAACAGAGGUUCGUGAACGAUUCUACAUAUGUGCGGUUAAUUUGGUUGUACACUCAAAUUUGAACUUGAUUAUAAAACUAGGAACUGCCACUGACUUUGUAGAAAUGUGUUAGAUACUCUGUAUCUAAUUGGGAUCUGGACUCACUGAAAAUAGACCUGGAUUCAUUUUCUAUCCUUGAUUUUGGUUGUGUUUGUAUCAUCAAAUCAGUGAUCAAUUCUGAUGCUGUUGCGAUCUGUUACUCUAAUUGUUACAUUUCAAAAUGAAUUUAAGCUUUCAUUUCUUCCAUUUUAAUCCUAUUUUGAGCAAUUGUUUUAUAUUCUAUUGUGGAUCUCUUG